AUGUGCACUCUCGAGCAGCGGUCCAACCUCUUCAUCCUAACCCUGACCGGCAACAACCAACACCGCCUCAGCCCAACUCUGAUCGCCGCCAUCCUCUCGGCCCUUCGCCAAGUCAAGUCCGUAGCUACAAGCGGAUCCGUUCUCAUCACGAACUCCAAAGGAAAAUUCUUCUCCAACGGACUCGACCUUCCGUGGGCCUUAGCCGCAGGAUGUCGAGUCAAGGCCCUAUCGAGGCUCUCCCAAAUGGUGGAGUCCCUGCGGCACGUGGUCGCUGAGCUCGUCUCCUUCCCCAUCCCCACGAUCUCGGUGGUCCAGGGCCACGCCGCGGCGGCAGGGUUCGUGCUGGCCCUGAGCCACGACUACAUGCUGAUGAGGGAGGACAGAGGUGUGCUUUACAUGAGCGAGAUCGACCUCGGAGGUUGCUUGCCGGACUACUUCACCGUCCUGUUUCGGGCCAAGAUCGGGUCGGGGCUGGCCCGGAGGGAUGUUGUGCUGGGAGGGAGGAAGGUUAGGGGAAGAGAGGCGGUGGAGAUGGGAAUUGUGGAUGGUGUUUGGGGUGGCGAAGAGAGGUUGGGAGAGGCGGCGGUGGAGCUUGCUGAGCGGCUGGGAGCGAGGAAGUGGGAUGGGGAGGUGUAUCAGAAGAUGAGGGAGGGUUUGUAUCCUGAACUCUGUGUCGUUUUGGGAGCCGUUACAGGUCGGAUUCAGGCUAAAUUGUAG